GAAAUCGCAAUGUCCUCCUCCUCUUCUCCUUCUUCUUCUAAUGUGAAAAACACUCGCGAGUUACACUCACUGAACUUAUGUACGUUGAAUUCAAGUGAAACUGAACCCACAGAUAAUUUGAAGAGAGACAGUUUAAUUGAUAACAAUUUUACCCAAGACGAAGGUGUUCAGCCUGUUCAGUCCAAGGAAAAUAACACGGAUGAUGAACUUAUUACAAAUAUGAUGGGAGAAGAAAAGGUUGAGAAUGCCGAGUGUCUUAUGAGUGAUAAUGACUUAUUGGAUAUGUUAGAACAAAUGGAACAGGUGACCUCGAAUAAGAAGACUGAAUCAGUGCGUCGUUCAAUUGAUGACAUCACUACCACCACCACCAACAACAACAGCAAUUCAAUCAUUCUGAAUUUUGAUAUAUUCAGUAAUGUCUCAGAAAAUCGUGAUUCCUUACAGUUGUCUGAACAAAUCGAUAAGUUACCUCAACAAUCUGUAGAUAACAAUGUUGUUGUUAUCCAAGAGGCAGAAAGUGGUCAGCCUGUUCAGUCCAUGGAAAAUACAGCAGAUAAUGAACUUAUUACAAAUAUGAUGGGAGAAGAAAAGGUUGAGAAUUCCGAGUGUCUUAUGAGUGAUAAUGACUUAUUGGGUAUGUUAGAACAUAUGGAACAGGUGACCUCGAAUAAGAAGACUGAAUCAGUGCGUCGUUCAAUUGAUGACAUCACUACCACCACCACCAACAACAACAGCAAUUCAAUCAUUCUGAAUUUUGAUAUAUUCAGUAAUGUCUCACAAAAUCGUGAUUCUUUAGAAUUGUGUGAAUCAGUCGAUAAGUUACCUCAACAAUCUGUAGAUAACAAUGUUGUUGUUACCCAAGAGGCAGAAAGUGGUCAGCCUGUUCAGUCCAUGGAAAAUACAGCAGAUAAUGAAUUUAUUGUGAAUAUGAACGAAGAAGCAGAGAUUGAGAAUAUCGAAUGUCCUAUGAAUGAUAAUCACUUCUUGAGUAUGUUAGAUGAACUAGAACAUAUGACCACCAAUGAGAAGGCUAAAUCAAUACGUCGUUCAAUCGUUAACAACAACAACAACAAUGUCAACAAUAAUUCAAUCAUCUUGAAUUUUGAUCCAUUCAGUAAUAUCUCUUCACAAAGUCGUGAUUCCUUACAAUUGUGUGAAUCAGUGGAUAAGUCACUUCGACAAUCUGCUGUCAUCACUCCACAAUCUGUUGACACUGAUAAAUCAUCAGUAUCAUCAUCAUCAUCACGCUUCAAUAGAACAGGACAUUUAAUUAGUCCUUUAUUUUGUGAAGAUUAUGUCCUUGCAGUUAAUGAUACACCACCACCGCCACCACCACAAACUCAAGUUGUAUCACCUUUACCAAUGUCUAAUGAAAAUAAUGAUGUAAUUGAGACUGAUCCAGCAGCGACAACUAGUACUAAGACUGGCACUUCUACUCCUCUUCCUCCCCCUCCUCCUACAACUACUACCUCAAAUUCUUCAAAUGCUAUUCAAUCAUUUACAGAAGUCACAGCUAGUACAUCUACGCAUAAUUUAUCGACUUCAUCAUUCAAUGUAUCAUCAUCAUCAUCUAGUGUUAUGCUGAAUAAAUCUUUUACCAGAUAUCGGCAAACAGUCGCUGCUUCAACAACACCGUUGAUCUAUUCACCAUGGAGAAAUCGUAGUGUGUUAAGUCAAGCGCUGGGUGGUGGCGGUGGCGACUCAAGUUAUAGUGAUCGGGAUAGUUCACCUGAAUGGUUAUCAUUUUCCAGGUUAAUGAAUAAUGAUAGAAAUAAGCCGCCGCCGGCACAAAAAGGCAAUGUGAUGAUACAACAGAGUGGUGGUGGUCAAUUAAAUUACGACGACGAUGAUGAUGAUGAAAAUGAGGAGAAAUCAUUUAAUGCUGGAGGAUUCUUAUCGCAUAUAAAUAAGAAGCCAUCAAAUAAUGAUCAAUGUCUAUUGAAUACUAUUCAAAAGAAACAAAGAUCUGCUGAAUUAGAUCUUCUAGUUGGAAUGUUAAAUCGUGUUGAAGUGAAAGAUGACGGCGAUGAGAAGGAGGAGGAGGGUUCGAAGAAAUUUUUAGUUGAUGAAGAACAACCAUCACCACCACCACAACAACAAAAACACACAGAAAAUCAACUAUUACGUAAUCCUGAGUUAACUGACAAUGAAUGUGUAACUCCAGAAAUUAAAGUUCCCAAACAGAUUACGCCUUCAUUAACAUUUGAUGUAGUAAAACCCAUCGGCAGUGGAACAUGUUUACAGAAAAAGCAAAGGGAUAUGACAGUUAUCGGUGUACCCCUGCAGUCACCAAUCUAUUCAAAGUCUUUAUUGAUAACAAAUACCGAUGUUGCAUCAAUAUCUACACCGCAAUAUGACAAGGAUUCAUCUAGAAGAAGAAGGUCUAUUGAGAGACAAGAAGUUCUUCCCCUUACUUCUGCUAUUACUACUACUACUACUACUACUUCUAGUACUAAUACUAUGGCACAGGAUGAUGAGUUAAAUACCACUGUUAAUAUUAAUUCUAGUAAUAAUAAUAAUAAUGAUAAUACAUCCUACACUGGUGGUGGUAUAUCUGGCUUUCUAGCUAAAGCAGUACGCUCUGUGUACUCACGUCUUACAUCUUCAAGUUUUGCAUUAUCACAAACAUCAAUAAUAAUGGAGGAUAAUUCUUUAUUGAGUGAUUGUAAACAUCAACACAGUACAGCGGCGGAUACAUCAAAAUCAUACGCCGCCAAAGUGAACAGUACCAAUACUACAUCAUCAUUAGAAGAAGAAGAAGAAGACGAAGUAGUAGAGGAAUUAGCAGUUAAUAAAAACGCUUUGAACACAACACAGAAUCUGAUAAAAGAAUCUGAAGAAGGUAUUCUUGAUGAGGAUGAGGAUGACAAACAUUCAGUUGAGAUGAGAAAAGAAUGUGGAGAUCAAUCUAGAAAUUUAAAGUCAUUCGCUUCAACAUCUUCGCCAUACACACAAUCUAUGUCAUGCGAACAGCAACAACAACAACGACCGCUACUACACCAACAAAAAUUUGAAAAUGUUGUAUCGUUAGAAGAUGAGGAAUUAUGGAAAACAGUGAGUUCAGUACAUGAUGAUAAUGGCGAUGGCGAUGUCGAUGGGUAUGAAGAUAAUAGUGGUGACAACAAAAUUAGUAUGAUCUGUUCUAUGGAAAUAUCUAAUCAUAAAACCUCAGGAAUCGAUAACAUUGUAGAAGGUGAAAAUAAAGAAAAUAUGAAAGUUCCACAGGUUACUACUACUACUACUACUGCUGUUGAAGAUAUCGAAGAUAUCAGUAUGAUAAGUGAAGCCGAAUCAAUUAAGGUGACAGCGACACCAACGUCAACAACGUCUGAAUCUCGACAAGUUCUAAAAGAAGUCUCGCUGAAUCAAAAACUCGGCGACACAUUUGAUAUGAGUGAUGGUGACAGUAAUGCUUUUGCUGCUGCUACUACUACUACUAAUAAUAAUAGUAAUAGUAAUAAUAAUAAUAAUGUAUCAUUCAGUGGAUCACUAUAUAAACACAAAGAAGCCUCUAUAAUGAAUGUUAGUCAUACUGAUAACGAUAAUAAUAAUGAUGAUGUUGAAUUAAUGAAACAAAAUUUACGUGAGGAAAUUUCCAGCUUAAGAAAUGAAGCUGAUAAUUUGAAAUCUAUAAUGGAUGAGUAUAAAUCAGCCGUCAUAAAAGCUGAAGAAAAAUUAUCUGAAACGCAAGUUGAGGAUGCAACAAAGUUGAUACAUCUAUUCCUAGAUGGACAUGAAACCUCUAAUCAGGCAGAACGUAUGCUAUCAGUGCAUAACGAUAUGAGAACACGUGUUGAACGUGUGCAAGAUGCUGUAAAAUUAUCAGAAAAGAAACAAGAAUCCCUUAAAAAAACUCUUCAUCGAUUGACUUCAGAUUAUUCAGCUGUACAAACCAAAAUCAAUAAUUUCACUACUGUCUACUCAAAACAAUUAAAUGAUGCCCUUAUUGUAAAUGAUCGUCAAAAGGCCGAAUAUCAAAGAAAAUUGGAUAAGCUACAGUGUGAACGUCGUCAAGCUGAAAUGCGUAUUCUAUCGCUCACUCAAGAAGUUAAACAAAAGGAUAUGCUCAAUGAUGAAUUGAAGUCUAUCAGAGAUCGAAUCCUAUCAUCACCUGUUCAUUAGUUAGAAAAAAAGGAAAGGAAAAAAGAAAAAAUAUAUACCCAGAAAUUAUCACCAACAAUGGAUGAAAUUUUGAAGAGAAAGCCAUUUUUCUAUUCCUCCUCCCCGGUUUUUGAAUCUCUCAGCGUUUUAUGUUGUGCUACACACUACACAUUACUGUUGCAUUUUAUUGUGUGCCUUAUUUUAUAUUAUUAUUAUUAUUACUAUUGUUAUUAUUUUGUAUGAAUAUUACAGAAUACUGACAGAUUUUUAUCGUUGAAAGGAUUCUGACUGUUAUUGCAUUUAUGUGUAACUGAUAAAAAUAAGAUUUUGUCUAUUUUCCUAAGAAGGUUUCCU